AGGAAGAUGUCCGGCGUUAAGACACAGUCGCUGAACUCAGUCUAGUGUUCAGUUCUCAGAUCCGUGGACUCCCCCCUCACACUGACCAAGGAUGCGGGCCGUGCUAUUAUCGCUGCUGCUGGGCUGUGCUCUCGGGGCUUCUGUUGACAGGCCUCGCCGCCAGCUCUUCGACAACAACAUCGACCUCCAGUCGUCCUUGACGUACCUGCCGCCAGAUGAACAGCCAAACUGCCAGCCAACAGUCACCUACACAACGCAGGUCAAGUACUCCACCCAGUUUAUCACCUCCACCGUCUACAACAACGACGUACAAUACGUCACCCAGACGUCCGUCCGCACACAGCAGGUAUACACCACUGUGUACUCUGAGGUGGUCCGCACCCAGGUGGUGCCCUCCGUCCAGUACCAGACAGUGACUGUGACCCGCACCGAGCAGAACGUCCGCACACAGGUCGUCACUCUGCCACCACAAGUCAACUACGUCACACGUACACAACAAGCUGUGACGACACAGGUACAGUACCAGACCAGAUACUCCACCAGCAUCCUGCAGGUCCCAACAACUGUUGUCAGGAAUGUUGUUUCUACACAGGUGGUUCCUCAGCAGGUGGUGAGCACCGUCUACCAGACACAGUUUGUCACCAGGACCCAACAGCUACCUGGACAGACCCGUACCGUGGACCGUACUCAGUACAGCACCAUUUACUCCACCGUGGUAGUACCUGGCCAGGACGUGGUAAGCACACAAAAUGUUGUGAGGACCAACGUCAUCACCCAGACCGUCACACAGCCAGGCCAGACCCAGGUCAUCACCUCCACCAAUGUGGUUCCCGUCACCACUACCAUCUUCUCCGAGGUGGUGGUCACCAACACCCAGACACAGUACGUGACGCGCACCCAGGUACAGCAGCAGGUGACCACCGUCUACCGCACACAGCAGGUGCCACAGUACGUCACCAGGACCGUCACCGUCCCCCAGCAGGUGGUGAGCACUCAGGUGUCAACACAGGUGGUGCCCACAACCAUCUACAGCCAACAGGUGGUACCAACUGUGGUCAACCUGCCCGCCGAGACCAGGUACACCACAGUGUACCGCACCUCCGUCCGCACCCAGCAGUUACCGGGUCAGACCCGCACCGAGUACCAGACCAGCGUGGUCUACAGGACCAACUACGUCACCUCCACAGUGUUCAACCAGCAGUACAACACCGUGACGGCCACCAGGACCUACCAGCCAGACUGUAACACCGGCUACAACUACCAAGAACCUGGCCAAACUUUCAACGCUCUUGGGUAAGACGAGGACCUGGCGAAGAGCUCCUGAAGACGACCAAGACCACACGACUCACAUAACCUUGAAUGAACUCGUUGCGCCAUGAUCACGCGGAGAAGAAAUGUUUGAGGCGAAGAAACUGUAAGAAGAAGGACAAUCUGCCCUCCUUGUAUGUACAUUGUUCAGUGAUACCAACUUUUAUACACUAUGCUAUUAUUACGUUCACUGUAUUUAAUAAAACUACAUAGAU